UAAAACUUUGGUUCUUCUCAAUAAAAAUAAUACUAAUAUAUGUUGAUGUUGUACGUAAGGGGUAGGAACAUCGAUCCUUAAGUGUUAUUUCUUUUACCAUUUCCUUGUUUUUCCAUUCAUGGCUGGUCCAAGGUGUUGUAUGUGACGCAAUAUGUUUAUUCACGUAUAAUUAAUUAUCAAUAUCAAAUUCUUCAAGCUCGGAUUCUACUAGCAUUAUUUUGAGGCUUUGCAGAAAUGCUUUUUAGCUUUGGCGUCCAGAAUUUUCAGCCUGAUCUUAAAAUUCAAACUAAUCAAGAUAUAAUGAAGCAAGAGGGGGAAUAUGAUAAAGAAGAGGCACUAGAGGAAAUAAGCAAAGAGUUGGAACAGUUUGAAGACAAGCCGAAUCCUAAUUUAAAUGAAACUGAGCCAAUCAAUCUAGAGAAUCAUCACCAGGUUGAAUCUAAAGGAAAGUUCUCCCAAAAUUGGCAAGGUCCCUUUAUUGUGAAAAAAGUGUUACCCAAUGGAGCUUUAUAUUUGACAGAUAUUGAAGGCAAAAUGGCAGAAAUGGCUAUCAAUGUUGAUGCGGUCAAAAGAUAUUAUGUAUAACAUUUUAUCCUUUGUUGAUUCUAUUGCAUGUUUAGUACUUACAUUUUUGAAGAUUGAUAUGAUGAAGACAUUUCAUUCUGCUAUCCAAACAAAUUGUCAUCCUUUGUUUACCCCAUUUCA